AUUAUUGUUCAAAAUGCUACUUUUCAACUCCACUGUAUGUAUUGCUGUAUGCUGCAUGAAUAAAUCUGAAUUUCCCCCUGGGGAUUAAUAAAGUUACUCUACUCUACUCUGAAGCCUUCAAUUUAUCUUAAUUAAAACUCAAUGUAUCAUAAUUACGCAAAUUAUGAUUUGGUGCUUGCAUGAUUUUUUCCCCCAUUUUUAUUAUGCUGGCAUAAGACAACAGAGACCAGAUUCCCCAGACCCCAGUUUGGCCAGUGAAAACUCCAAGAAAGACGGCCCAAAUUUCAGUGGACAGGAUAGACCACCAUUCAGACCACAGAGACCAGAUUCCCCAGACCCCAGUUUGGCCAGUGAAAACUCCAAGACAGACGGCCCAAAUUUCAGUGGACAGGAUAGACCACCAUUCAGACCAAAGAGACCAGACUCACCAGACCCCAGUUUGGCCAGUGAUUGCUCCAAGAAAGACGGCCCAAAUUUCAGUGGACCGGAGAGACCACCAUUCAGGGAGGACUGUAAACUGGACUCUGGCCAUUCCUCUGUCUACCCUCAGCCACGUGUUUCCCAAGGUGUUCCAGUCAAUCCUGAUGUGCUAAGUGAAGUGCUGAUGACUCAUAAAGCAAAAAUGAAGAAAAGAUUUGAGUUCCUUAACGAAGGUACUGAUAAGUCACAGAGUCCAACAACUCUAAACAGCAUAUACACAGACCUCUACAUCACUGAGGGAGAGAGUGAAUGUGUGAACUUUGAACACGAAAUUUGGCUGACUGAAUCCGCUUGCAAGAUGUAUUGUCCUCCUGGAACUACAGUGAAAAUUAACGAUAUCUUCAGUCAAUUGACACCAGAGAAGAAAAGCACUAAGACUGUGAUGACAAAAGGUAUUGCUGGAAUUGGGAAAACUGUGUCGGUGCAGAAGUUUGUCCUUGACUGGGCAGAAGAGAGAGCCAAUCAACAUAUUGAUUUCAUUUUCAUGCUUCCAUUUCGAGAAAUGAAUUUGAUCAAGAAGGAGGAGUGCAGUCUGCAGAAACUUCUCAUCAGAUUUCAUCCGGAGCUUGAAAUACUACAGGAUGAAAUGAAUUUUUUGGAUCGCAAGGUAAUAUUCAUCUUUGAUGGUCUUGAUGAAAUGAGAUUCAAUCUGGAUUUCUUUACGGAUACGCUGACGAGCAUAGAUCAGUCAUCAUCUGUUGGCGUGGUUCUAACUAGCCUGAUUAGGGGAACCCUUCUCCCUCAAGUCUAUAUAUGGGUGACAUCAAGACCAGCAGCAGUCAGAGAUAUCCCUGACUCUCACAUUGAUCUGUUUACUGAAGUUCGAGGAUUCAAUGAUGAGCAGAAGGAAAAGUACUUUAGAAAGAAAAUGAAGAAUGACACUCAAGCUGAAAAAAUCCUGACCCACCUGAAGAAAAACAUGAGCCUCAACAUCAUGUGCCACAUCCCAGUCUUGUGUUGGAUCUUAAGCACAGUGUUUCAAAACAUGCUUGGUCGAGAUCGGAAAAUGCCCAAUACCCUGACAGAAAUGUUUAUACAUUUCAUUAUAGCUCAGACAAAGAUGAAGAAUGAUAAAUAUGAUGGCCACGGAGAAAUAAACUGUGCAAAGCUUCUGCAGCUAAACAAAGUACCUAUCUUACAACUCGCUAAGCUUGCAUUCAAAAAUCUGAUCAAUGGCCACAUCAUGUUCUAUGAAGAGGACCUAAAGCAGUAUGGAAUUAAUGACAUGGAAGGAUCUUUGGCCUGUGGGAUCUUCACAGAGAUCAUCAAAGAAGAGUGCACAUUUGCAGAAAAGAAGGUCUACUGCUUUUUGCAUCUGACUAUUCAAGAAUUCCUCGCUGCUCUUUAUGUUUUUGAGGCCUUUUCAGCAAGGGGAAUUGCAGAUGAAGAAGUUAAGCAGUUUUUUGGCACGCGAUCUAGCCAGUUCCGGAUCGAUUUGUUGAGAGGUGCCGUGGACAAAUCUUUACUGAGUGAAAAUGGGCAUCUGGAUCUUUUUCUCCGCUUUUUGCUGGGCAUUUCAAUGAAGUCCAAUCUGUUACUCCUUAAAGGUCUACUAACAUGUCCAGAUACAGACAACCGGAGCAUCAAGUUAGUCAUUACUUACAUCAAAGACCUGGAGAGAGACAAUUUGUCUCCUGAUCGAUGCAUGAAUCUUGUCCACUGUUUGAUUGAGUUGGAUGACCAUUCCCUACAACGUGAGAUCCAAGAACUUGGCACCUCCAACAUUCAGAACAAAACACUCUCCCCACUUCAUUGUUCAGGCAUGGCCUAUGCAAUAAAGAUGUCAGGACAAGUCAAAGAAGUUCUGGACCUUCAGACAUAUAAUGCGACCAAUGAAGGCCGCAAGAGACUUGUGCCAGCUGUGAAAUUCUGCAAAAAAGCUCGGCUGGCUUCUUGUCAACUUGAUGAUAAAUCAUAUGAAAGCCUUGCAAGGGCUCUACUGUCAUCCAGUCUGUCUGAUCUGGAUUUAAGCUCAAAUGAAGUGCAGCAACCAGGACUAAAAUUACUCACAACUGGGCUGAGCAACUCGCAGUCCCACCUUGAAUGUCUUAAACUUGCCCACUGCAAACUUACAGUGGAGUCCUGUCUACUUGUGGCCUCAGUAUUACCAUCAUCAUCAUCAUCCUUACUGAGAGAGCUUGACUUGAGCUACAAUGACCUGCAGGAUUCUGGAGUGGAGAAACUAUGCUGGCCUUUGAGGAAUGCUCUUUGCCCUUUGCACUCACUGAGGAUUGCUGCCUGCAACCUCACCAAAAGAUCUUGUGAAGCUGUGAGCAAGGUUCUUAUGGCUGAAGAAUCAUGCCUGGGAGAGCUUGACAUGAGUGAUAAUGAAUUAGGGGACCCUGGUGUAGCCUUGCUCUUGGAUCCCCUGGGAAACUCACAAUGCCACCUGGAGAAACUUUGGCUACGUGGCUGUAUGGUUACUGAGAGAGGAUGCGAGUCUCUGGUGACGGCAUUGAAACAGAACUGCUCCCACCUUAGAGAGCUGGACGUGAGUUACAACUCUCUUGGUGCUUUUGGAGAGGAGCUGAGGAAAUGGAUGCAAGAGGAACCGAACACAAAACUUGAGCGACUCAUUGUUGAACCUAAUUCCGAACACCAUUUGAGGGCAGGAUUGCGAAAAUAUUUCUGCAACCCCACACUGGAUUCAAAUACGUUACUACAAUCACAGAUCGAGCUCUCUGUUCGGGAAGACAACAGACUGAUCAGUGCUAAAUACUUGGGUCGCAGUCCAUUUUGUCAAAUAAUGUGCAAAGAGGCUUUGACUGGAUGCUGUUAUUGGGAAGGUGAUUGGGCUGGUAAAGUCCAUGUCGGUGUUGCGUAUAAAGUGAAAGAAAGCCGAACUGGGAAACUAAACUCCCAUCGUCCUUGUGACACAGCAUUCCACAGCAAACAAGAGUUCGCUGCACCCUGCACAGAAUGGAAUUGCAUUCAUAAAAUUAACAUUUCUAAACUUGGACAGAAUGAGAAAUCCUGGUGCAUGGUCUGCUUCAAUGACUACUACACUGCGAAACACAAGAACAUUGGCACUAUCAUACCAGCUCUCCAUUUUGAUGCUCAGAGAGUGGGCGUCUUCCUAGACUUUCCAGCAGGAUCGCUUUCAUUUUACCGUGUAGAUCCUGAUCAGAGUCUUCACCAUCUUCACACAUUUUAUUCCAAUUUCACAGAACCUCUAUAUCCUGCAGUAAUGCUUGAAUCCAUUGGCAGCUUUGAGUUGACCGAUGAUAUUGCUUAACGGGCAAAGGCAGACAUCCUAAGUCUCUUUGAAGCUCCUGGAGGCUAUUACUGUACAUAUUCAUAUUGAUUUUAGCCUAGCCGAUGUCCAUA